AGCUGUUAUAAUUUUAUUCAUUACUGUAUAUCACCGAUUGGAGCAAUGGUUAGAUAAAUAUGGGAAAAAGAAACCAAUUUUUGAGAUUAGUAAUCUUGAAAUAAUCCGAACGGUAAUAAUCGUAUAACAAAUUUCUCCUCAUAUAACUUUAUUCUUAUUGAAAAUUAACAUUAGUUCAGAUUAACGGCCAAAGGUGUUAUUUAAACCCUGUGCUUGUCUUAUGCCUAUCGUAUAUUUCCGCGAAUAUUCUAAAAAUAAUAAUUCAAAAUCUCCUACAUCUUUGCUCCAUCUACAAUCAUCCCAGCGAACAAGCGAUCUCAUAUUCGUCGAGUGAGAAUCCAAGCCAAAGCAGCGCUCCAAAAAUAACUUAGUCUAAAUACCAUGGAUUCAACGCAAACACCUACAGACCAAAUAGGCGACGACGAAGAACUGAAAAAGGAGAACGAAUUCUUCGACAAGGCCCGUUUGGCGGCCAUGGUGACUCAGGAGCAAGUGUUGAGUGAUACGGUGGCGCGGAAGCGCAGGAAGUUUACGAAAAAACGUAGCACAAGCGGUUCGAGACGGGAAGCGACGCCGUUGAGGAACGCGGACGAUCGAACGACCACGUCCGACGAUGAGGUGCCUGAACGAAGACCGAAGACGCCCGAGAGGAGAAGAAGAAGACUCACCAGGUCGGCGAGCAAAAGAAGGGCGCACAGCGAAACCGAGUCGGAGCCGCAGGGUAUUUCCAUGAUUGAUCCCAACUUUUUGACGGUCAAUGGGAAGAGUGUGCAGAAGAGCAGCAGCAUUCCCAAGAACUUUGAGGAGGAAGCUAAGAAAAGGGGUAGUUUGACUGAUAUGGCCCAAACUGAAAUUCUAUCCUUCAUUAAUAAGACCAGAAAGUCUAUAACCAAUGCUGCCAUACGUGGAAGGGAACGUUUCCGGCGGGACAAGGAAAACGUCAAAAGAAGCCAGUCAGCUCCGAAUGCAUUUACAGAGGAAGAACUCAUAGAAAGCUUUAAGAAAGCACAGCUGUUAAGUGUUGAUACUAAACAACAAGGUCGCAAGUACUCUGAUUCGAGUUUGAUUUCAUGUACCACAGAUAUUCCACAAGAAUCGAAACCUUUCAGGCCCGAAGUACAAGAAUUUGUUAGGCAGAGAAAGUUGCAAAGACAAGAGACGCCUAAAAUUGUUGAAGCCCUAGAUCCAAAAAAGUCUAAAAUACUUUCUAAAAGAGGCAAAUGGGUUGUAAAUCCGAAGAUUAAUAUAUUAGAAUUAUUUUCUAUUUUAAGAAUGUUCUCAAUUGCGGAAAUCUUCCGAAACUAUAGACAAUAUAAAAGAGAUAAGGCUGAGGAAUAUAACAGCAUUAAACGAUUAUGGAACAGGUGCAUGUGUGAACUGUUCCUAAUAAUGAUGUUUUGUGGUUUAGGAGGCAUGAUAUUCAAAUUCACGGAAGGUAGUUUCGAGAAUUUCUACAAAUGCGGUGUCAAAAGAGUUAAAAGGGAUUUUAUUGAUCAGCUUUGGCUGAGGAGUCACAAUUUGCGAGAAGAGGACUGGAAGUCCUUAGCUCGAAACAAACUUAGGAUAUUUGAAGAGGAGUUACAUGUUGCUCAUGAGGCAGGGAUGACGAGUUACAGCGGGCAAAGAUCUUGGAGUUUUCUUAAUGGAAUUGUUUAUGCUCUUACUGUUAUAACAACUAUUGGUUAUGGUCACAUGUAUCCGACUACAACAACGGGGAGAGUGUUGACGAUAGUUUACUCAAUCAUUGGUAUUCCCUUGUUCCUUAUAGCUCUCACGGAUUUUGGUAAACUGUUUACAAGAUGUAUCAAGUUUAUUUGGUCCUUUGUAAGAAGACUCUAUUAUACCGGCAGCUGCAGGAAAAUCAGGAAGACAGGACAUGUUCAGGAAAUCUUCAAAGGAGCCCAAAUGAUGUACGAGAUAGCAACCUUCCGAAGGAACUCCCACCAACCGGACGCAGAAAACCCAGUGACUUACCCCCCAUACGGAGGAACACCCAACAGCAUGAAUGAGGACGGAACCCCCACAACACCAGCUCUUUCAAACUUCGAAAUUGACGACGAAUUCAACCUGCCAAUUUCGGUGGCCAUCUUCAUUCUGCUUCUCUACAUCUUUUUGGGGGCGUUGAUUUACUGUGCAUGGGAACACUGGGACUUCUUCGCUUCCUUUUAUUUCGUGUUUAUUUCUAUGUCCACCAUUGGUUUUGGGGAUUUCGUACCAAGACAUCCCAUUUGCAUGAUUGUUUCGAUUGUUUACUUGGUAUUUGGACUCGCUUUGAUGUCUAUGUGUAUCAACGUCGUCCAGGUGAAGCUUAGCGACACUUUUAAGCAAGCCUCGAGCAAAAUUGGAGCCACCAUUGGAUUGACCGUUGAUGAGGAUGGUAGUGUUUGUACGGUGCCGCCAGAAGGUGUAGAGAUGCCGAGUGUGCACGAUAAUAACAGUUUAAAGACUCCCACUAGUGAAAACAGUGUGAAAUUUAAAGAAACUUAAUUCUACUUACUUUGUUAACUUUAUCCGUUUUACCAUUCCUAAAUUAAUGAUAUCGCUUGCAACAUCUUAAAAUUAAUUUGGUUUUACGAUGAAUGGUUCAACGGAUUUGAUUUUGUUGGGAGAGAUAAAUGAAUUUGUAUUUUUGUAUAUAGAUAGGACUCGUAUUAUUUUGUUACAAUUGAUUUAGAGUUUAUUCCUGUUAUAUGAGUGAUAUAGUCUAGUAGCUACAGGUAUGUGUGGAAUGGUCUGUGUAAUAAUUUUUAUUUAAAUAAAUGGGAAAUAAAUGUGUGUCUUUAA